CUCUCUUUAAGGAGAAUCUGUCUCGCCACAUUUGCUGCAUCAAUUUCAUUUGGCACUCUCUUUCUCUCUCUUCAUCUGGCGGGAUAUAUGAUCUUUCUCUCUCUCUUAUGAUCUUUCGUCUUCUCGAAGCCUCUCUCUAUAUAUUUAGCUGAAUACAUCAUGGCCAUCACCAUUAUCUCUCUCUCUCUAGCUUAACAGCUUGGAAAUUCCAAUUUUGUUAUUCCUUUCUCUAAUCAAAUUAAAAAUAUCAAGAAAAAGGGAAAAACAUGCUGCCUUUUUAAGAUCCAAAAACCAUUUAAAGAAAGCCAAAUCCCCAUUGUCUUUUUGCUUCUUCCUUUAUAUAACUACUCUCUCUCUCUCUCCCUCUCCCUCUCCCUCUCUCUUUCAUUCUCUCCUUCUUUCUCUUAUAUGCCCUUGUUUCUCUGAUUUUUCAUGCUAUAUCUGUGAUGCUUUGAUUUUUCGUGUAGCAUCAGCAGCUCUGUAAAUCUCUGCGAUCGCCAUAUUUUGGCCAUUUCCAAUCGCCUUUGCUUCUCUGAAGAAAAUUCCUAAGUAACGGUGCAAUUUCCACCAGCUAUCAGAUGCCAUUAGGGAAAGUAAGCCCCUCCAACAUUUCGGAUGCAAUGAAACUUGAGAGCAAGGUUCUUAAAUCUGAGAAAGAAGGUCAAGAUUCACUCGACAGUUUUAUAAGACAAGCAAUUGGAAGAGAGCCUUUCCUCUCAUUUUCUAGGGCUGGUGAAAGUCCUGUCCAGUGGAUCCAAUUACUACAUGCAUUAGACCAGCAGGGACCAAAUAAAAUUUCAAAAGGUUCAAAAGACGAGCUUGAGGUAGACUCGAAGGAGUAUAUGCGAGAAAAUUGUAAUGGUAUCACUUCGUAUUCAUCUGAAUUGAACGGCAUUAAGGAUCCUGUUCACUAUGUGAAGGGAUCGGGGUCACUUGGGAAAGGGAGAAAGAGCCAACCUGAACAGGUCCACCCUCUUAAAAUUCCAGAGGCUGUUGUUGCCUUUGCUCAAGCAGCUAAAGCAGAUCUUCCGGGAUGGCCAUUGCUUUCUCCUUCAAAACCUCAGAUGCAUAAGUGCGAUAAAUGUUCUCGGGAGUUCUAUUCACCCAUCAAUCACAGAAGGCAUGUUCGUGUGCAUCGGCGAUCUUUGAAUAUUGAAAAGGAGUCUGGAGUGAACAGAGAUUACUUGGGUACCUUCUGGGAUAAGCUUUCCUUGGAUGAGGCGAAGGAGAUAGUAUCAUUCAAGAAUGUGGUUCUCGAGGAUGUUCCUGGAUCUUCCAUUGUAAGGGCAUUGACAUCAUUUAUUCGUAAACCUAGCCUCUCUUCCUUGCCGCACUCUUAUGUAAAGGCUGGGUCGGCCCUUCUGGAUCUAGUUCAAGCAAAGCUUUCGAGGUUCCCCAUUUCAUCCAAGGACCUCUUCAGUCUCCUGGAUGAUGCUAGUGAGAGAACUUUCUUGUGUGCUGGUACAGCUAUAUCCAUGCAGAAGUUUAUAUUUGAUGGAGAAGCUGGAAAAAUUGGCCUCGAGCUGAGGAACUUGGUUGCAUGCACUAGCUUCUUGGUGGAACAAAAAUUGAUUAAAGCUUGGUUGACAGACAAGGAUGCAGAAGCCCUACGAUGCCAGAAGCUGCUUGUGGAGGAGGAGGAAGCUGCUCAAAGAAGGCAAGCCGAGAUCUUGGAAAAGAAGCGGCUGAAGAAACUAAGGCAGAGAGAGCUCAAAGCCAAGGACCAGGCUGACACUGACAAGGUGGCAGAGGGCUUCUCUGAGGAAGGCUCCACUGAUCCCCUCGAUAUGACCUCUUCCUCCAGUCCCGGCUCCACCACCAAUCCGGGCCUACCAUCUCUGUCAGAUUUGACGAAUGAGUCUGGCACAGAUGCUGAUGCAGAAGGCGGUGCCCACACACAGGCUGACAUGGACAAUGGAGCCUACAAGGUGGUCAAUGGCCUGGAAAGGCACCAGGUGGCCCCACCUCGUCAUCCCAUAUCGAGGGCCGGGCCAAGGUUUAGAGGCUACUCAAGGGCCCCACCCCCAUCUAGUGGCCACUUGGUGUGGGCCCCAAAGGUCAAGCCUGAUCAUGAGGGGUUGUGUACAGACGAGAGGGGGGUGUGUAGGAGCAGUGAGGGGUUUUUUGUGGAUGACAGGGCUGUGCACAGAAGUAAAGAGGGGACGUGUAUGGACAGGAAGGUGGCAUGCAGAAGCUAUGAGGGAUCAUGUAGGGACAAGGGCGCGGUGCAUGGAGAGGAGGGAUCAUGUAUGGAGGAGAGGGUGAUGCAUGGAAGUGAUGAGGGCUCAAGUAUGGAUGGCAGAGCCGUGCAUGAAAAAGAGGGGUCAAGUAUGGAUGAGAGGAUUGGGCACGGAAACAACAUGGUUUCAUUUAUGAAUGAGAGGGUUCUGCAUGGAGAUGACAAUCGGUCAUGUAUGGACGAGAAAGCAGUGUGUAGAGGCGACGAGGGGUUGCAGAAGGUUGAGAGUAUGGUGCAUAGAGAUAAUGAUGAGAGAUGUGAGGUCCUCAUUGGGUCGAUAUCUGUGGUUCUUGGUGGGGCUCGAGUGACUGCUAAGAAGAGUGGUUUGGGGCAAAAUGGGAUUUCAAGGUCUGUGGUGAAACUAUGGAGGCCUGUAGGUUUGGGGCCCAAAAAUGGGGGGAGGAGUGAGGUGGGCCCGGGUAAAGGGGCGGAGGAGGAGAGAUAUGGGAACAAAGAGGAAGGUGGUGGGGGUAUGAGUGAGGUGGAGGGAGGGAAGGUGUUCUCGAGUCAGUUGUUGGAAGCCUUCCUCUCAGAAAGAUGGCAGGAGGCCAUGGCCGGGGAUCAUGUGAUACUGGAUCUCUCUUCUGACUCUGCUGCAUCAGAUUGCACUGAGGGUCUAGAUAGGGAAAAUGGGGCCGCACCAUGCCUUGACCAUGCAGGUCGCAGUGUCUUUGGGAAUGCAGAAAACAGGCUUGUGUUAGAGAGAGAAAAUGCGGUCUCAAAAGGGAGGUUUCGGCAUAAAUCCAGCUCGCUCAGCUGCCUAAAAUACAUACCAAAGCAGAAUAACUGUUAAGGUGUGUUUCUGCAAUGUUUUGUUGUUUCAUUGAUUGUGGUGGGGGUUCCAAUUUUUAGCAUUUGCUUCUCUCUGCCCGACCUAUCCGAAUUCGUUUUUUUUAAAUGAUGAAAAUUUAUUUGUAAUAAUUGUGUUUUAGAAUUUCUGUUUUUUGAUUUUUUUUUUUACUCCCUUUGGGUGCUUGUUUUUUUGGUUGUAGUAUGUUCAGUAUUGUGAGAGUGCCGAGGGCACGGCACAUGGUGUAUUUUCAGCCGUGUUGCAGUUAUUGAAAGGGAGGAUCAUGGGAAGACUUUUUGUUUUCCCCUUUUUGUGUUCGUCAAUUUUAUAUGCUACUAAAGCUUUUAUUAUGAAGGGCCAUAUCAGACUAAA